AUGCGCCACUUCCAUGUCCUCGGGUUCUCCCUGCUGGGGACGCUGCUCUUCCCAGGCGCCACCUACGCAAGCUUGCAGAUUGUCCCGGGCGCAACUUGGACGGCCUCCAACGGUGAGCACCUCAACGCCCACGGCGCCGGCGUCAUCCGCGUCAACGGCACCUUCUACCUGAUCGGCGAGGACAAGUCGGACGGCUCGGCCUUCAAGAACGUCAACUGCUACUCGUCCCGGGACCUGGUGCAAUGGACCUACGAGGGCGCCCUGCUGUCGCGCACCGGCUCCGGCGACCUGGGCCCGAACCGCAUCAUCGAGCGGCCCAAAGUCAUCUACAACGACAAGACGGGCAAGUACGUCAUGUGGAUGCACGUCGACAGCAGCGACUACGGCGAGGCAAAGGUCGGCGUCGCGGUUGGGGAUACCGUGUGCGGAGCCUACAAAUAUCAGAGAAGUUUCCAGCCGCUAGGGUUCGAGAGCCGAGACAUGAACUUGUUCAAGGACGACGAUGGGACAGCAUACCUGCUCACGGAAGACCGCAAGAACGGUCUGCGCAUCGAUAAGCUGACAGCCGACUACCUCGAUGUCGCCGAGGCCACCUAUCUGUGGAAAGAUCACAUCGAGGCCCCGGCCAUGAUCAAGCUCAACGGGCGGUACUACAUGUUCGGCAGCCACCUGACAGGCUGGGACCCGAACGACAACGUCUACAGCACCUCUACCUCGCUUACAUCGGGCUGGUCGGCCUGGGCGACCUUCGCCGACAAGGGCUCCAACACGUACGACUCGCAGACCAAUUACAUCCUCAACUUCGGCUCCGCCGACUCCCCCGCCAACAUCAUGUACAUGGGCGACCGCUGGGUAUCCAAGAACCUGCAGUCGUCCACCUACGUCUGGCUACCCCUAACCAUCUCGGGCACGACCGUGACGCUCAAAAACCGCGCCUCCUGGGUCCCCAACGUCAACCCCUCCAGCACCAGCAGCACCUGGUCCGCGGCCCCGGCGCAGACCAGCUACGACCCGACGGCCAGCGGCGUGGGCACGUACGCCAACUCGGCGCGCACCGUCUCGUGCUCCGCCUGCGCCGGCGGCUCGGCGGCCGGCUACCUGGGCGGCAGCGCCGACGGGCAGGUGCGCGUGGCCGGCGUGCGCAGCGACGCCGACGUCGUCUCGACGGUGCAGCUGCGCUACGCCAACGGCGACUCCACCCCGCGCUACGCCGGCGUGGCCGUCAAUGGGGGGCAGAAGAUCAAGGUCGCGUUCGAGCCGACCGCCGGCAAGGUCGCGACCAGCGUGGUGCAUGUGCCGCUGCGCAGCGGGAGCGGGAAUGAGAUCGUCAUUGGCGGGGUCGAUGGCGGGUGGGCGCCGGAUGUGGAUUGGUUGGUUGUCCCUGUUUCUUGA